GCUGCGCGCCUCCUGACGUCAUCACCAGGCGCCGCUGCCUCCACCUCCUUCCACUUCGAGGGAGAAGUUGUUGGCGCGAAUGGAUCCUGGGCUCCGGUAACGGAUUCCCCAGCCGGCCGGCCUGCCUGCCGGCGUCUUAAUCUUUGGGCUGCGAUGGAUAUUCGGAAAUUCUUUGGAGUUAUACCAAGUGGGAAGAAACCUGUAAGUGAAACAGUAAAGAAGAAUGAGAAAACAAAGACUGCUGAAGAAACUUUAAAAGGAAAGAAAGGAAUAAAGGAAAUCAAGGUAAAUAGUUCUUGUAAAGAAGAUGACUCUAAACAGAAGCAACCAAACAAGAAAAAGAGGAUCAUCUAUGAUUCAGAUUCAGAAUCAGAGGAGACAGUGCAGGUAAAAAAUGCCAAAAAACAACCAGAGAAAUUGUCGUUGUCUCCUAAACCUAGUAAAAUUCUACGGCAGGAUCCUAUUACUUACAUUUCAGAAACAGAUGAAGAUGACGACUUUAUGUGUAAGAAGACAGCCUCUAAAUCAAAAGAGAAUGGAGGCUCCACAAAUAGUUAUCUUGGAGCAUCAAACAUGAAAAAGAAUGAAGAAAACACUAAGACCAAGAAUAAGCCUUUAUCACCAAUAAAACUUACCCCCACAUCAGUGCUUGAUUAUUUUGGAACUGGAAGUGUCCAAAGAUCAGAUAAGAAGAUGGUGGCAAGCAGGAGAAAAGAGACUUCACAAAAUGCAGAUGAUUCCAGAUUAAAUGAUGAGGCCAUCGCCAAGCAACUGCAACUUGAUGAAGAUGCGGAGCUAGAGAGACAACUGCAUGAAGAUGAAGAGUUUGCCAGAACAUUAGCCAUGUUGGAUGAAGAACCUAAGAACAAAAAGGUUCAAAAGGACCCAGAAGAGAGAGAAACGUUUUCAUCUGUCCAAGCCAAUUUAAGUAAAGCAGAAAAAUUAAAAACAGAACAAUUUCUGGAUGAAAGAAAGAACUAUAGUCCUAAGAGGCAAACUAAAUGUGAAAGUUCUAAAGAAUCUCAGCACCAUUCCAAGUCGUCAGCUCACAAAAUAGGAGAAACUUCUUCUCCUAAAGCUAGUUCCACGGUGGCACGUUUGAAAAAAAAACAAGAGAGUUUUUCUAAAGAAACAGAACCUGUGGCCUCAAAAAGAAAAGAAAAUGCCAUUGAAUUGAAAGAGACAAGAACUCCUAAGAAAAUCAAAAGCUCUCCAGCUAAAAAAGAGUCUGUAAGUCCUGAAGAUUCUGAAAAGAGACGCACUAAUUAUCAAGCUUAUCGAAGUUACUUAAAUCGAGAAGGUCCCAAAGCUCUGGGCUCCAAAGAAAUACCAAAGGGAGCUGAAAAUUGCUUGGAAGGCCUUACAUUUGUAAUCACAGGAGUGCUGGAGUCCAUUGAAAGAGAUGAAGCCAAGUCUCUAAUUGAACGUUAUGGAGGAAAAGUAACCGGAAAUGUCAGCAAGAAAACAAACUACCUUGUCAUGGGUCGCGAUGGUGGACAGUCCAAGAGUGAUAAGGCAGCAGCCUUGGGGACAAAAAUUAUUGAUGAAGAUGGCCUGUUGGAUCUGAUUCGAACUAUGCCAGGCAAGAAGUCCAAAUAUGAAAUAGCAGUUGAACUUGAGAUGAAUAAAGAAAAGUCCAAAUUGCACAGAACACCUCCAAAAAAUGACCAAGAAAAAAGAAAAACUAGUCCAAUUAAGAAAGAAUCAGAAUCUAAAAAGAGCAGACUGACUCCCAAAACAGACAGCUCUACAAAUGCAGUAAAAAAGGAAAAAAAUGUGUGUCAUAGAAGCCUGGCGUUCAAGGAGCAGGUGGCCACGGAGACAAAUGGUGACAGCCGGGCUAGGAAUUUGGCUGAUGACAGCAGUGCAAACAAAGUGGAAAAUUUGCUCUGGGUGGAUAAAUACAAGCCAACCUCACUGAAGACCAUAAUUGGACAGCAAGGUGAACAGAGCUGUGCCAACAAACUCCUACGCUGGCUCCAGAACUGGCACAAGAGUCCAUCUGAAGAGAAGAAACAUGCAGCAAAGUUUGGUAAAUUUGCCGGCAAAGAUGAUGGCUCUAGUUUUAAAGCAGCAUUGCUCUCAGGCCCUCCAGGUGUUGGCAAAACAACCACAGCCUCUCUGGUUUGUCAGGAAUUGGGAUAUAGCUACGUGGAACUGAAUGCAAGUGAUACGCGGAGUAAGAACAGUUUGAAGGAGAUGAUUGCCGAGUCACUCAAUAAUACCAGCAUCAAAGGCUUCUGUUCAAGUGAAGAAGCCCGUUCAGUAAGCACGAAACAUGCCCUCAUCAUGGAUGAAGUAGAUGGCAUGGCAGGCAGUGAGGACAGGGGAGGAAUUCAGGAAUUAAUUGGCCUGAUAAAACAUACGAAAAUUCCCAUUAUUUGUAUGUGCAAUGAUAGAAAUCACCCCAAGAUCCGCUCUUUGGUUCAUUACUGUUUUGAUCUUCGUUUUCAAAGACCUCGGGUUGAACAGAUUAAGGGUGCUAUGCUCUCUAUUGCAUUUAAAGAGGGUUUAAAGAUUCCCCCUCCAGCUAUGAAUGAAAUCAUUUUGGGAGCCAAUCAAGAUAUCAGACAGGUUUUACACAAUCUGAGUAUGUGGUGUGCCCGAAGUAAGGCACUAACCUAUGACCAGGCCAAGGCUGAUUCUCAUAGAGCCAAAAAGGAUAUCAAACUGGGCCCAUUUGAUGUUGCUCGGAAAGUGUUUGUAGCCGGAGAAGAGACAGCUCACAUGUCACUUGUGGACAAGUCAGAUCUCUUUUUUCAUGAUUAUUCAAUAGCACCCCUCUUUGUCCAGGAGAACUACUUACAUGUGAAGCCUGUAGCUGCAGGAGGGGACAUGAAAAAGCACUUGAUGCUUUUAAGCAGAGCGGCAGAUAGCAUAUGUGAUGGUGACCUAGUGGACCGUCAGAUCCGGAGUAGGCAAAACUGGAGUCUUCUGCCCACACAGGCCAUUUAUGCCAGUGUUCUUCCUGGAGAGUUAAUGAGGGGUAACAUGACCCAGUUUCCCACUUUCCCAAGCUGGUUGGGUAAGCACUCGUCCACAGGCAAACAUGACCGUAUUGUUCAGGACCUAGCAUUGCAUAUGAGUCUCAGGACUUACUCCAGCAAAAGGACUAUAAAUAUGGAUUAUCUGUCACAUAUAAGGGAUGCACUUGUACAGCCCUUGACCUCGCAAGGGGUAGAAGGAGUACAGGAUGUUGUUGCUCUUAUGGACGCAUAUUAUUUGAUGAAAGAAGACUUUGAGAAUAUCAUGGAAAUUAGCAGCUGGGGAGGCAAACCUAGUCCCUUCUCCAAGCUGGAUCCCAAGGUGAAAGCAGCCUUUACAAGAGCUUACAAUAAGGAAGUCCACCUUACUCCAUAUUCACUUCAGGCAGUAAAGACAUCCAGAUACAGCACAGGCCCAUCACUGAAUUCUGAAUAUAACGAAGAGUUAAAUGAAGAUGACUCUCAAUCUGAUGAGAAAGAUCAAGACGCUAUGGAAACUGAUGCUAUGAUCAAGAAAAAGACAAAAUCUUCAAAGCCUUCAAAAUCCGAAAAAGAUAAGGAGUCCAGAAAAGGAAAAGGAAAAAGUUCAAAGAAAUGAAAUCAUUUUUCGUACUGACAGUCACUUUCUACUCACCCUGCUGACCAAUCUAGCUGGUCUUGAGAAUGCUUUGUUUUUUCCAAAGGAACCAUAUUUUAGCCUAAUGGGGCGACCGAGUGGUCCCAUUAUAAAUAAAUGGUGGUACAGCUAGAAGGAUGUAACCAGUAGGCUAAUGUACACCUCUUAUAGAGGUUGAUAGGACUGCUUGAGUCCUCCACUGUCCCCCGUCAGUCUAAUCAGAUGGUGCUUCAAAAUGACUGUAUAAUCUUACCUAGAAACUAACUACAUGUGGGCUUUGGAAUCAAAUUUUAUUUAACAAUAAUAUGCCUGAGAACGGUAGUAUUAAGGCAACUUUUGUAAGCUUAACAGUUUAUCCUAAUGGCCUUUAUAGGACCAAUAACUGAGUUUUUUUUAAAGGUAGUUACUAUUAUGUGGUGAAAUUUUGUAAAUAAAUCAUAUACAAAACAGUCACCACCUAGAACUGGGUAUUCUUUGUACAUUGUCAAAUAUCUUGCAAAAUAUAAAUUAGGAAUAAAAAUGUUCUACAUAUAUAUGUACAAAUUCUUCUUAAGACUCAUCUUGUACAGUAAAAUAUUAUGUUGGUAUGUUACUUUCCUUAUUAAUUUGCGAAAGAUUGGAUAAAAAACAUUAAUUUUACUUACUAACCAGUUGUACGAAACAUCACUGUGGCAUUUGAAGAGUCAACUUUAAUUUCCAAUUUCAUUACAGUUGUGAGUGCCGACCACUUCUUUGCCGUGAUAGAAGUUCAUGGUGAGGCCUCUUCGUUAUUACCACAGGGUGUGAAAAGGAUUUCCAGACAUUCUUAUCCUUCCAGAGUCUCAGACCAGUAGGGCCUAGGCUAGGUCAGGCUUUAGCCUCACUCUGGUUUGGGACAAAAUGAACACUGGCUUUUGUUUACUUUGUCCCCGGGAGAUCCGGUUCGGUCCUAUGACAGAUUCCACAAACUCUAUUGGGACGUUAGAUUGUAACUGCACUUGUAGUAGCCCUGAGGCUGUGGAACUAGCCUGGACUUUAUGUGUCUAGGUGUUUUUUAAUCUUGUCAGUAAAUGCUCCAAGGUUUGUGUUAAAAGGAAUGUAAAACCAGAUACUAUUCCUUACCUCUAAGGAACUGAGUCUUGUUUCGGAGGUGAGACAUAAAGUUUUUAAGCAUUUAAAGUGUAUGUGUCAUGUGAAAAUGUCUUUCAUGUUCACUGUGGGAACAAAGCAUUGCCCUCAGCUUUUGCCUGUUGAGCCAGGUCCCUCUCUUCGUUAAAGCCCAGCUUGAACUUCUGCUUGAGUGAAAAUUUCCUUAAUUGAAAGACUGCCUCACCUAACCAGUGGGGUGAGCGUGAGUUUCUGGUGCAUUUUCAUUCCUGUUGCUUUUGGAUGUGCAAGUCACGUCUGCCUACUCGCUUUCUACUCCCCAGGAAAGGGACUAUACUAUCCUUGCAGCCAGAACAAUUGAUUAGUGUCCUUUACUUGUUCAUCAUGAUUUUAAUUCUAAAUGCUCUACACAACAUGAUUGGCAUAAUGUGUGUAUGAGGUAAAUAACGUUUCUUUUAGAAUUAGAGAUUGUAAAUGUGCUCUUUAACAUGAGGAUGACAACUUGGGUCUACAUGAGUCUUCUUUGAAGACCUCAUGACCAUGAGGUAUGUGGCUGAAGUUAAUGUUGGGUAGGACUUUGUGGUUCCACAGCAGUUUGGAUGUGACUCUAAAGGGUCUGUAUUAGGAUUGAAUCUUUAUUGGAGCCACUACGUAUUUUGUAGCAUAAAACUGCAUGCUUGCUUUUUUUUUGAGAUCUGAAUCUUGGCCAUUUUGUAAUGUACAACAAGCUAUUUUACGUUAUCCUUCAUCUUGUUAAGUUUUAGCAGUUCAUUAACAAGAAGUAUAAAUAAGUUCGGUACAGUUAUGCACAGGAGUGAAUGGCUAAGGCUAUAACUACCCUCACAGAUCACAAGUGCCUGUGGCUUCUUCCUAUAGCCUUAAAACAUGCCUGCAGUGAACAACAAGGGGCCUGUGGGUGGGUUUAAUGAUAAUGCCUUGUAUCUCUUUGUAAGGCCGAGGCAUCGUGCACGUGGACACACAUUAUUAGCAUUUUGGAGUCUACCCUAGGCUUGUAGGUACCUCUGUAGUGCUCAGGAUGCUGGUGGCCAUGCUGUAAAAUCAUAUCUGACACGUUCCAAGUUAGGCGACACUACUCAUUUCUGCUAGCUGCUCAGACUUUGGUGACAUUCGCCUUGGAUGGCAAGGAAGCGUAUAAUGUGGGAAAAGUGUGUUGCGUAUGAGAUGCACGUGGUAUGUGUGAUACCGGGAAGGAACACUCCAACCACUUGGGAAAGAGUCUGAAUAAUGUGUACCAUCAGGGCAAGUCACAUGAUUCAAUUUUGUGACAGGAGUUCCAUAGUAUGCAGUGUAAUGACUCAGGACUAUAUAAUAACUGUAAACUUAUAGUGUCAUUCUUUCACAUAUUGGAUUGUAGUGAUUU